AUCAAUUCUGAGUAAGGAAAAAAUGAAUUUUCUAUUUCGAGAGUAAAUGGCGCCAAAUAUGAGAAAAACCAAAAGUUAGGGAGAAAGGAACAGCUUUUUUAUUUAUUGGCUGUUAUUGCCAUGGCAGAGAGCAGAAUGGACACAGUGCCGAGCCCAGAGGAGGAGGUGUCCAUACAACACAGCAGUCGUUCUGAGUCGGCGUCAACGUAUACAACAGAUACACAGAGUGUGUUACAGGGGGAAGGGUCUGAGUAUGAAUGCCAGUAUUUAGGUUUCACUCCAAAGUCACUCAUUAAUGGAGAAUAUAAUGCUGUAAUCACCAGCUUAAAGGAAGGACUGUCCACCAUGGAAGCAUUUAUAAAUGAAGAGUUUGGAUCUGCGAUAUCUCCAGAGAAAACAAAACAAGCUUUGGAGACCGUACAGUCAGUGCUUGUGGAAAAGCUGGACAAGAGAUUUGAUCAACUAGAGUCUUACCUAUUAAGAAAUGUGUUCAACAUUCCUGAGGAUCUAGUGCUGCCUGAGGACAGGGUACAGAUGACACACCCCACAAGUCCCGAGGAAGAUAGCCAGAUAGAGGCGGACAUGGAACAGCUCCGCACACACAUCACAGCUGUUCGGUAUGGAAAUGAAUCUGUAAGACAACAAAUCACAGAGAUUGAUAACUUACAGAAGCAUGCAGAUAGUACACUUUUGUACCUUCAGAAGCUAGAGAGUUCUGCAUCAGAUACAGGAGUUUUAGGAAUUAAAGAUUCCCUUAGUUUUGUUCUUGACAAAACUAAAGAUUUAAUGAGUUCCGUGAAUGGACUGCAAGAUCAAAGGACUAAGACUUUAGAUUCUCUGACCUGAUGCCACUGCAGAGAAGUGUUUGUGACUUUAUCAUUGAAAUAUCUUGAUAUUAGGAUUGCAUGUUGUUUUGCUUUAGAUAUAAAUAUUUGUACAUUUAUCUUUUUUUGCCUGAUACUCUCAGGUGAUACAAUUACAGUAUGUAUUGUAACAUUUAGAAUUCUACUUCCUUUUUUCUAUUUGUUAUUGUGACACAAGAGGAGCUGUGAAAUUUUUCUCACCAAAAAAAAAAAUAUGCACUCCAGAAGAUAUAAGGUGCAGUUAUAAGAAAAAUUGCUGCUUUUACUGAUAUUAUGCAAUUUUAAGACAUUCAAAUUUAUGGAAAGAUUUAUUUUAUACAUCCUGUAAUACAAUUCUUGUAAUGCCAAUAAGCAUACCUAACCUGCAAGGCACGCAAAUGUUGUUUUUCCCACUAGUCUGUUAAAAAAAUAUCAAAAGUCAAAUGCAGAGUCUAAUUUAUCCCUUCUAAAAACCCUGAAUAAAAGUUGCAUGUCCAUGCAAAAUAAUUGUUGCAGGCAAUAUUUUCAUAAAUCAUACAAUGCUGUGUAUUUUAGUCAAAAUAAAAUUGCAGUUAAAUCACA